GCCGCUGCUCCUGUCAUGGCGUCCACUCUGGCCGACGUGAGCUGGAAAGUACUGGAGCUGAGGGCCCGCUCCAAGCGUUCAGUUUAGCCUGAGACGUUUGUGAUUAGCUGCAGCAGCUUGAAAUGGCCAGUUUGGAUGCUGACAGAACCGCCACUGCGCGUGCUUUCACGUGGCUUGAUGGCAGAUUUCCUGGCUCUGUGUAUGAACCCCUUAAAAGCAUUAAUCUUCCAAGGCCAGAUGGAGAAAAUGUAUGGGAUAAACUGGAUCAUUACUACCGAAUAGUCAAAUCAACGGUGUUACUUUUCCAAAGUCCAACCACCGGUCUCUUUCCCACAAAAACAUUUGGCGAAAACCAACGGGCAAAAGUACACGACAGUCUGUAUUGUGCUGCAUGCGCAUGGGCGCUGGCACUUGCGUACAGGCGUAUUGAUGAUGACAAGGGAAGAACCCAUGAGCUGGAGCAUUCUGCUAUAAAAUGUAUGCGAGGAAUUCUCUACUGCUACAUGCGCCAGGCUGAUAAGGUUCAACAAUAUAAGCAAGACCCUAAGCCAUCCAAAUGCCUGCAUUCUGUUUUCAGUGCCCACACAGGUGAUGAGAUCUUUUCUCAUGAAGAAUAUGGACAUCUUCAGAUAAACGCAGUGUCACUGUUCCUCCUCUACCUGGUGGAGAUGAUAUCAUCUGGUCUGCAGAUUAUCUACAAUACCGACGAGGUGUCCUUCAUACAAAACCUUGUAUUUUGUGUUGAAAGAGCGUACCGUGUACCUGACUUUGGUGUGUGGGAAAGAGGAAGCAAAUACAACAAUGGCAGCACUGAACUGCAUUCAAGUUCUGUCGGGUUAGCAAAAGCAGCCCUAGAAGCAAUUAAUGGAUUCAACCUCUUCGGCAAUCAGGGUUGCUCAUGGUCUGUCAUAUUUGUAGACCUUGAUGCCCACAACCGGAACAGGCAAACUCUUUGUUCACUGCUUCCUCGAGAAUCAAGGUCUCAUAACACCGAUGCCGCUCUCCUGCCCUGUAUAAGCUACCCAGCAUUUGCUGUAGAUGAUGAAGUUUUGCACAGCCAAACAAUUGAUAAGGUGGUUAGAAAGUUAAAAGGCAAACAUGGGUUCAAACGAUUUUUGAGAGAUGGCUAUAGAACUGCAUUGGAGGACAAAAACCGUCAUUACUAUAAACCAGCGGAAAUUAAGCUCUUUGAUGGGAUCGAGUGUGAAUUUCCUAUCUUUUUUAUUUUCAUGAUGAUUGAUGGAGUUUUCAGAGGUAAUACUGCGCAAGUCAAAGAAUAUCAGCAGCUUCUGGAUCCAUUAUUGCAGCAAUCAACUGAAGGCCACCCCAUUGUACCCAAGUAUUAUUAUGUGCCAGCUGACUUUGUUGAACUGGAAAAGAAAAACCCUGGCAGUCAGAAACGAUUUCCUAGCAACCAUGGACGGGAUGGGAAGUUUUUUCUGUGGGGACAAUCUCUUUAUAUCAUUGCAAAACUUCUUGUUGACGGUUUAGUCAGUGUUAAAGACAUCGAUCCAGUGAAGCGUUUCAUACCUCCCCAAGAUCAACGAAACGUUAGCAUGAGAUUCUCUAAUCAGGGUCCUCUAGAAAAUGACCUGGUGGUCCACGUUGCGUUGGUCGCCGAAAGCCAACGCCUACAGGUUUUCCUAAACACAUAUGGAAUCCAAACUCAGACUCCCCAGCAAGUUGAACCCAUCCAGAUAUGGCCGCAACAGGAACUUGUGAAAGCUUACUUCCAUCUGGGGAUCAAUGACAAACUGGGACUCUCGGGAAGACCUGACCGGCCAAUUGGCUGCCUGGGAACUUCAAAGAUAUAUCGAAUACUGGGCAAAACUGUGGUUUGCUAUCCAAUCAUCUUUGAUCUGAGUGAUUUCUACAUGUCCCAGGAUGUUAUGAUGCUGAUAGAUGACAUUAAGAACGCUUUGCAGUUCAUUAAGCAGUACUGGAAAAUGCAUGGCCGCCCCUUGUUCCUGGUGCUUAUUCGGGAGGAUAAUAUAAGGGGAAGCAGAUUCAAUCCAAUACUUGACAUGCUUGCAACCUUUAAGAAAGGUGUUGUCGGUGGAGUGAAGGUUCAUGUAGACAGGCUGCAGACAUUAAUUUCUGGAGCAGUGGUUGAACAACUGGAUUUCUUAAGAAUCAGUGACACAGAGGAGCCUCCCGAAUUUAAGAGUUUUGAGGAGCUUGAACUUCCAAAGCAUUCAAAAGUCAAGAGACAGACCAGCACACCAAAUGUGACAGAAUUGGAGCAACAGCCAGAUAUUAAUGCUAAUGACUGGAAAAACAAGCCAACAUAUGAGAUUCUUCAGAAACUGAAUGAUUGCAACUGUCUAGCAAGCCAAGCAAUUCUGCUGAACAUUUUGCUCAAAAGAGAAGGCCCGAAUUUCAUUACAAAGGAAGGCACGGUGUCUGAUCACAUUGAAAGAAUCUAUCGAAAAGCUGGCAGCAGAAAGCUCUGGUUGGUGCUACGCUGCAGUGCGGUAUACAUUCAGAAAUUCGCUUCCUCUUUAGCCCCUCAUAUUACAACUUUGGUAGUCCAUGGGAAGCAGGUGACUCUUGGGGCAUUUGGCCAGGAAGAAGAAAUUAUAUCUAAUCCCUUGUCUCCAGGCGCAAUUAAGGACAUCAUCUACAACAAGUGUAAUUUACAGGAUGAGAGGGAAGCUGUUCUUCAGCAAGAACUUGUCAUUCAUAUUGGCUGGAUCAUCUCCAACACACCUGAGCUAUUUAAUGGCAUGCUGAAGAUACGAGUGGGAUGGAUUGUGCAUGCCAUGAAGUAUGAACUGAAAAUCCGUGCAGGGGAGAUGCCCCCCGUGGAUUUAUACCAGCUGUCACCCAGCGAGGUGAAGCAACUUCUCUUGGAUAUUCUUCAGCCUCAGCAGCAAGGGAGAUGCUGGUUGAACAGACGUCAGAUUGAUGGCUCCCUGAACCGAACUCCCAGUGGGUUCUACGAUAGGGUGUGGCAAAUCUUGGAGAGGACCCCCAAUGGCUUAAUAGUAGCUGGGAACUUUUUGCCCCAGCAACCAACCUUGUCGGACAUGACUAUGUAUGAAAUGAACUUCUCCCUUCUGGUUGAGGACAUGCUAAAGAAUAUUGAUCAACCUGAAUACAGGCAAAUAAUUGUAGAGUUGUUGAUGGUUGUCUCUGUUAUUCUGGAAAGAAGCCCUGAAUUAGAAUUUCAGGAUAAAGUAGACCUGGACAAACUAGUGAAAGAAUCGUUUCAUGAUUUCCAGAAGGACCAGAACCGGCUCAAAGGCACUGAAAAACAAGAUGACAUGACUUCCUUCUACAACACUCUGCCACUGGGGAAAAAAGGGACUUGCAGCUAUUUCACCAAAGCAGUGAUGAAUUUAUUGCUCGAAGGCGAAGUGAAGCCCAGCACGGAUGACCCCUGUUCUAUUAGCUAAAGCAGAUGGAACCAGGUGGAGACGCAGGUGGAACCAGGUGGAUGAGACUGUCUUGGCUGGGCUUCUCAUUCCUCGGCGGGUGAUGCUUAAUUCCUCAUUGUAAGGCCCAUUUUGGGCAGUGUUCUGUACAGUCACUAUGAAAAACUCAGAUACUUAGGAUAGCAAACCACAGGACUGAUUCUGUGGCAGAAGGAAAAGUAGAUGUAAUCCAGAAGCAUAUUACCUGCCUACAUCUCUUGUGGUAACCUGCACUUUCCACCUAAGCAUCACAGUCACAAGUUGGCCAAGCAAAUGCAUGCAAUACUGCAUGGUUCAUGCGGAUUGAGAAGUCUGAUAUUUUAGAAAAAUUAACGGGGUUAGUAUUUAUAGUUUAAGCAUUGCUUGAAAAUGAUUGCGGUGAUAAAUUUAUUUAUGUAAUAGUGAAUUAAAUGCGCGUUGCAACAUUUAUCAGCUCUCCCCCUCUUCAUCUGUAUUGUAAUUCAUUAUUGAAAGGCUUCAUUAUGAAUACUGGAUGAAAUACUGGCAUAAAUUUGAAAAAUAAAUGAGCCCCAUGUUUGAA